UUUUUCUAAACAUGCAAAUCGGAGCUGAGGAAUUCAGAGUAUCGAAGGCCAAGCCUCCUCAUGACUCUGAGAUACACGGAGUACCGCGUUAUAAUUACUCUUAUUUAGAGUUCGGGAUAGUUUGCAAAGACGUCCUUACAGCAUACACCCUGGAAGAAACGCAGCCAACCCAGUCAGCUGGACCUCAUGGACUUCAUGUGAGCAUCGUUUCGGCAAGAUGUGAGAUGAACCAGGAGAAAGCAGCGACGGAGGCCAGCGACGCUAUGUUGGUCCGCGGCUCUAAUAGCCGAGGGCGUGCUAGAGUCAGCCAUGCUGUGGUGGUCAUCUUUCUAGAGUUCUUUGCCUGGGGCCUGCUCACGACACCUAUGCUGAAGGUGCUCCAUGAAACUUUCCCUCAGCACACGUUCCUUAUGAACGGUAUGAUCCAGGGAGUGAAGGGUCUCCUGUCGUUCCUUUCCGCCCCUCUGAUUGGUGCCAUGUCAGACGUGUGGGGAAGGAAGUCCUUCCUCCUCUUGACAGUCUUCUUCACGUGUGCACCCAUUCCCCUGAUGAGGAUCAGCCCAUGGUGGUACUUUGCACUGAUCUCUGUGUCGGGCGUUUUCGCGGUGACCUUCUCUGUCAUAUUUGCCUACGUGGCUGACAUCACCGAUGAGCAGGAACGCAGCACUGCCUACGGACUGGUGUCCGCUACCUUUGCGGCCAGUCUGGUCAUCAGCCCGGCUAUUGGGGAGUACCUGUCCGCCCAGUACGGAGACAGUCUGGUGGUGCUGGUCGCCACUGUGAUUGCGGUGGCGGACAUUGCCUUUGUGUUCUUUGUGGUUCCGGAGUCGCUGCCAGACAAGAUGAGGCUGAGCUCCUGGGGCUUCCCCAUCUCCUGGGAGCAGGCGGACCCCUUUGCGUCUCUGCGCCGUGUGGGAAAGGAUAGCACAGUGCUGCUGAUCUGCGUGACGGUCUUCCUUUCCUACCUCCCUGAAGCGGGACAAUACUCCAGCUUCUUCCUCUACUUAAAACAGGUGAUCAAGUUCUCCCCAGCAGCCAUUGCUGCUUACAUCGCCAUGGUGGGGAUUCUGUCCAUCAUCGCCCAGACGGUGCUGCUCAGUGUCCUCAUGAGAACGGUAGGGUAUAAGAAGACGGUUCUACUGGGUCUGAGCUUCCAAGUGCUGCAGCUGCUGUGGUACGCCUUCGGAUCCGAGUCCUGGAUGAUGUGGGCGGCCGGCACCAUAGCAGCGCUGUCCUCCAUCACCUUCCCGGCAGUCUCUGCUCUGGUCUCACAUAGUGCCUUGCCGGACCAGCAAGGAGUGGUCCAGGGCAUGGUGACGGGGAUCAGAGGCCUGUGUAACGGCCUGGGUCCCGCUCUCUACGGCGUCAUCUUCUUCAUGUUCAACGUAGAACUUGAUGAAAUCACGCCGGUCACGGCAGAGAGCUCUCAGUCCGUGAUCCCCGGCCCCCCCUUCCUGUUUGGAGCGUGUGCCGUGAUUCUGGCCCUGGGCGUGGCCAUCUUCAUCCCCGAUCACCACCGAUCACCCGAGGAUAAGGCCGGCAGCAUCUCUACCACCCACUCCCAGAGCGCCAACCCCCUGGCCAUUCCCACCAGCGACACGGAGGACCAUGAGCCCCUCCUGCAGGACAGCAGCAUGUGAACUGUGUCACGUAGCCUCUCCGAUCACACCACCUGUCACGGCCGUGCGCUUUGCCCUGCCUUCUCUUCUCCCCGUCUCUCUCCAUUGCCCCCCCCCCUUUCAAGUAACCCUGCCUCAGUAAACAUAUGUUAUCCAGAACUUUCUAAAGACUUAUUUUUCUUUCGCGUGCAAAGCAGUUGUGAGUGACUUGUCCGACACAAGAGCAUACAUGCAUGGAUGUACGCAUGCACACACACACCCACAGUGAUCGCAGGAAGGCCCCGUUAGAGGAGGAGCCGGGACGUUUUUUUGAAUUGCUUUGGUCUGACCGACGCCGAGAGGAGGACAGAGACACUUUGCCUCCUGGUAUUAUUUUUUAGAAUCCUUUGGACUGUGAGUCUUUUCCCAGACUUCACCCAGGUGUUUCUAGAGGUUGUACCCCGGCUAUGCCUCUGGGGAAGGGGGCAGAGCAGGCAUGGCCGACGGGAACUCUUUCCUCAGGGACCACCGCUCUCACCAAUGUCCUUCCCAUGUGUGUGUGGUAAUCUGGAACCAUGUCUUUCAUUAUAUCGCCAUGGAGAUGACCUCCACGUUAUGUACGUUAUCAGCUAUUCUGGAAUCAUCCGUUACUUCGGCAACCGCCACAGGUGUGAGUGUGUGUGUGAGAGAUGAAUCUCGUCAGUCCAGCAAGCCACCGUGAGGCAUACUUUUUAAAAAGUAAUUUCCCACAAAUUCCUUUUGUUUUAAUGCUUCAAGCAUGUUUUUCCCGACACAUACCGAGCAGAUGUAAAAUUGCUUCUUCGUGUUACCUGCCAUAUUGGGUAGGGUAAAUGAAGCCCUUGUAAUUUGAAAGUGAAUGAAAGUUACUGACAUUGUUUUUGCCAAGGUGUGUCUGUCAACCAGGCGACUAGGGAGUACAAUUACUGUGCCAUCUCGGGAUGAGGAUCUUUUAAAAUGCCAACAAACCUGGAAAAGACAUUCCAGAUUCACCCACGCCCCCCGGGCAUGUGACUGCUGGCCACUCGGUGCUAAGCCCUUCUCUAAUCUAGACUAGUCACAGUACUUAGCCCUGGUAUAGCCUAGCUAGUCUCAGUACUUAGCCCUGGUAUAGUCUGGCCUGGUCUCAGUGCUUAGCCCUGGUAUAGUCUAGUCUAGUCUCAGUACUUAGCCCUGGUAUAGUCUAGUCUGGCCUUGUCUGGGUUUAGCUUAAAGCCUAGCCCGGUUUAGCCACUAUCCUCGCCAUGGCUAAGCAAUUUUACUUAUGUACUUCUAGUCCAUCAAAAGUGAAAAGAUAUAUUAUUUAUAAGCCUGAUUUCCUCUGAAACUUGAAGAAAUGUCAGUCAUAUCAAACGUUUCCUUCUUUAAACAUGGUCAACAUAAAUAGUACUGCUACUCAUUCCCCUCCGGUCCUAGACUUUUCAACUGCUUCCCUCCCACUAAUUGGAUAUUGGUAGUAUACAUAGUCCUAUAUUAUUAAUAUAUUAACUUGAUAUGGGUUAUAUUCUAAUUGGCUGUGGGUAACCCUUCUAGGCUGUGCAUCUCUAGAUCCUCUUGACAUCCCGGCUGCAUGUGUAUAGUGUAGCUUCCCUCCUGUUUGUGUUAGCGGGACCGCCAUAAAGUGGGCGAGUUGUGAUCAGGGGAAUGUGUACAGACAUCCUUUCAAUACAUACUGUACAAAUAUCCAUCUUAUCAGGACUUGUUCUCACAUAGUCAGGAUCCACUUGCUAUUGCAGUAAACCGGUCAGCUCAGCCUGCAAGCGUUGCCAAUAACGACCUCAGAACGCCACGGUGAGGGGAGCUCGCCCUUAAGCAGUAAUCCCUGUGGAAGUCGCCAGUAUUUUAACACAGACGUCACCAUCUUUUCAGCUCUGUAAAUGAUUGGUUAAUGAACCCACCGCAAAUGUCCGUCGUCAUAAUGUGAUGAUGGCAACUUGAUCAUGAUUUCCGAGCAACGGUCUGCAUGGCACAAGAGUGUGGAGCCAACAUGGUGAACGGGAGCAGCUUUAACGGAUCAACCAUGUCUGAAGAGAUGUCUGGUGUACCACUUGGCUCAUUUCUAGGAGCUCAGACUUUUUAGAUCCUUCCUUUUAUAAAGCAGCACUUUUUUUUCCUUGAUCAAUAUUAAUGUGUGUAUAUAUAUAUAGAGAGAGAGAGAGAUAGAUAGAAGCAUAUAUAUAAGGUGUUUGACAUGGCUAGUUUAAUGUAGCCUUCAUUAAUCUAAACAAGGAGUUAAACAUUUAUGCAGUGAAAACAAUGCUGAUUUCCAAAUGAUCCAUGUUGCGUUUAUGAUGCGGUGAGAUUGCUUUUCAUUUCAGCAAAACGUGUGCCUCUGGAAAUGAGAACUUUUUUUAAUGAAUAAGUAUGUAUAUGUUUUGCAUUUGUAAUUGCAUAAUUUGAGCUUAUUAAAACUAUCAUUUUGAAUCGCUUGCAAUGAAUUAAUAAAAAUUAUUGAUCUAGA